CGGAAGAUAACUAAGUAUAGUAUUUUUUUUAUCUGUUUAAGUUUUUAAUGUCAUUUCUUGUACAGGUAGCAUCUGAUUUGCUGUAUUUCUUCGUGGUGGUUUUAUGAACUGAUCUGUAGGGUGCACAACUCUGCACACAGAAUGGACAAGCAGAAAGCCAAAAUCAUCUUGGAUCUCUCGCGCUCUUCCUCCAAUGAGAAGGUCGCGCGAGGUCUGAGGGAACUGAAGAAGAGACUUGUGACCAAUUCAGAUAAUUUGAACAUAUUUAGGAGCCUUGGAUUACUGCCCCAUGCCCUGAAAUUAGUCCAGCGUCCUAAUGAAGACAUUCUAAACGGCUCCCUUAGUAUAUUGAGUAUCUGCUGCACGAAUGAGGAUGCAAGACGGGAGGUAUUUGAAUUAGGGGGUGUAACGCACCUUUUAAAUGUCCUCAAGUGUGCCAGAUCGGAGUCACUUCAGUUACGAGCCUGCCGGACAGUUGCUAACCAGGCGCAGCAUCGACCAAGCUGCGAUAUAUUGUUCAAGCUCAAGGCCUCCGACAUGGUCAUUGAUAUGCUCAAAAACUGCAAAGAGGAUGAAACCAAAAUAUCUGCAAUAAGGGCUUUGAGGAUGUUAGCAAACACUGGAGAGCACUCGCAGAAGAUUGUUACAAGCAAAGGUAUUCUGCAUUUUUGCAAAGCUGGUUUUGAUGCAGGGGAAGGCCUCUCCAAUGUUGACCUCCUACGCUCCGCUGUCAAGACACUCGCUCACUUCUCAAGAAUAUCUCAUCCUGCCUGUGUGAGCCAGAUCAUGGAAGGAACAGACAACAUGAUGACGGUCUCUAGGGUGCUAGAAGCCAACACCUCAGACCAGGAGAUAUACGAGUCGGUUAUAAAGACAAUUGUCAACAUUGUCCAGAGCUGCUUCGCCCCGUCACACCUCAGACGAGAGGCGCUGGAUGCCCGGGUCUUGGACCGACUCUGCACUGCACAAUUCCCCACCAAGAUAGUGUUGGAACUUCAAAAUCGGAGGGUUCCUGGGUUAGACGAUGACAAACUCAUCCUAACGCUAUGCAAGUUCUGCCAGGGGUCAAACGAAUGCCACAACCUCGCACCCAACUCACUGUCGCAGCCACCAACAUUUAUGGGGCGGGCGUGGUUGCAGCUCAUAGAUUGCGGAGGCGUGGCUAUGCUGGUUGACCUCCUCGUUCGGUACCGUCACCACGCUAAGCUCAGGCCAGCCAUUUUGAAAGCGAUCCUUGGGGUCGAGCAUAAUUAUUCCUUUAGGGAGCCUGUACUGAAGCACUUGCUUGCAGCACAAAUCCUUCCACAGUUAGCAGAACAGUUUGAUGAAGUCAUGACAGAGUAUCGGAAUGUCAGAAGGAAAGCACAACCCAACUCCUGCGUGCACACAUUUCAAACAGAUAAUAUAUCCGUGGUAAAUGAAUUGGAAAUCAAUUUAGAUGUGGGAGUGCCAGCAGAGGGAUCAAGUAGAGAGGAAGAGCAGACUAUAUUCUUAAAAAAUGAAACCAAGUUGAAAAGAAAGGAUUUCACAGAAAAGACAGCAGGUUCAGAGUUGGAUAGUGAUCAGAUGAAAGAAUCAAAGUCUAAAGGUUUGAAUGUGAAAAGUGACAAUUCUAUUGAUUCAUCAGUAGCCAGAGGUGAAGUUGGAGGCAGUCCUCCAAAAGGGAAUAUAGGCAAAGCCAGUUACUCAGCUGUGAAGGGAAAUGGCAAAAUUUUGCAAGAUUAUGCUACCUCAAUCGCAUCAGAUGGGCAUGGUGCACCUCAUCCAAAGAGCCCAGGACUCCAUAGUUUCCCACAGAGUCCUGGAAGUGUGUCAUGUUCUCCUCACAGCCACUACUCCAGCUCGGGUCAUGUCUCACCCACAUGGUCUCCUGCUCAGGAAAGUGCAGAGUCGCCCAUCUCUCAGCAGCCCCCCAUCGCCUUGCAGCAGACCUUUGGUUCAAGCCCAGGAGUUCCACUUGUGAUGGACUCUCCCUGUCCUUCGUCUCAUGGGUCUCCCUAUGCAUCACCUAUACCCUCCCCCCCUCCCCCAUCCAUGUCUCCCAUCAGAGUCCCAUCUGACUGGGAAUACGAAGAUGAGGAAGAUGCAGAGCCUUUGGAUGAUACAGGGAGAUUUUCGCCUGUGAUGCCGCACUUGAAAGCGAAAGAGAUCGAGGACGAGGAAGAGUCCGAAAUCGAUGAGGAUAGCCAGACGAGCCGAGAGUGCGAGAGCAGUGAAAAGGAGGAUGUACGGACUUUGGAUGUCGAAGUAACCAAUGGCGAGCGUGAGAAAGUUGCAAGUAAGAUGGAGAACGAAGAGGUGAUUGGGGACAUGGAUAAAAAAUUAGUCAUAAGCUCAGGGAAGAGAUUUCGAGAGUCUUCUAGUCCAAAUGAUUCAGCCUCUCCUGAUUGUAAGAAGUUAAAGUUGACCAUUUUGCCGCAGAAUUCCGAAUAUCAGACUAAUCUUGACAAAAGUGUGAGUGAAGAUGAUGAGUCAGCAGUGGCAGCUGAGAAUAAAGAUGGUUUCGUAUUACCAGCUGAGCCAGAAAAAGAGCAGAACAGUGAAUCCAAAUCCCCAUUUGUCAAGUUGAAUCAAAUAAAGUUUCGUGUUCGGAAAAAAGGUGUUGCAAGGCAGCAUAUUAACCUGGGAGGCAUCGGAGGAGCGAUUGGUGGAGGAAAAAGCAGUGUUAUACCAAGUUCUAGUCCACUUCAGGAGGUACCAGGCAGUGAACCGCGGAGUUCCAUUCGGGAAAGAAGGCCGAGCAGCGUCUCCUCCUUCUCAGCUUAUUCCGAACUGACGCAGGACGAAGCUGGUGCGCUGGAGCUGUUGGAAUUGUUAGUGAGGAUCAUUGGCCAGGUAGCGCAUGUGAAGGAAGCCAUCCACAAAGUGUGCAUGGAGUUUGUGCCUCGAAUUAUGACCUACCUCUCCUCUGUGCAGGUUGUCCACAAGUCAGCUAUGCGCAUGCUGGUUACCAUUGCCAAAAAUUCCCUCUGCAUCCAGCCACUCCUCGACACCCUCUUCAUCCCAUAUGUGGGGGUCGAGCUGGGGGAGGCAGGUGACCCCGAGUCCCCCAGCGGGUGCCAGCAGUGCCGCAUCAUCUCAGAAGGGGCAGCAGCUUUCUUAGACCAGAUGGUCAACUUCUUCAAUCACGUCCACAAGUACGGCCACAGCGAAGCCAUCAGUAGACUCCACCCAGCAAAAGACAUUAGGGUUCGUGAGGGAUGUGUCAUGGCCUUGCCGCAUGUCACCAGAUGCCCCAAACUUCUGCAUGAUUUCAUGGUGUGUUAUCCUGCCAUGGACUUGCUCAUGGAAGUCCUGUGUUCAGAGAAGCCUCCCAACGAUGCAGAUUACAUGUAUGCGACAGCAGCCAUAUCAAGACUAGCAAGAACACUGCAGCUGGACAAGCAGGUGAGCCUUGUUAAGUGCCUAGUGUGCUUAAAGAAGGGCAACCACACUGCAGAGGAGGUUGCACAGCACUUCAAAUUGCAGCAGAAGAGCACUGUGACUCCCCAUGAACCCCCCCAAAAGGAGGAGCCAGGAGGAAUGACCCCCAGUGGCAUUGAGUCAUCACACACUGACCUACAAGACAAGUGCAAGUGGGCAAAAGAGAGCACCCGGGAUGUGACUUUCAAGCUGGAGGAUGGCAGUACAGUGGCUGCCAGCCGGGAAAUUCUGGCAGAGAAGAAUGAGGUCCUGCGAAACAUGCUCAUGGGUUCCUUUGUUGAGGGGACCACCUCUUGCAUCACACUGUCUGAUAGAAGCAAAGCCUCAUAUGAGAUUCUCAUACAUUUUCUCUAUGGGUGCCGUUGUGAGGUCCUGGACAGUGGUGACAUCAAAACGUAUAUUGAGCUAGUUUUCUUGUCACAAAUGUACAUGCUGGAUAGCCUGCAGACAUUUGCAAUGGCCAAGAUGAUUUCCUCCAUCAAGGCUGGGAGGGACAUCAUUGCCAUUUACGAAAGUGGCAUAGGGGUCAUUGACGAGAAUUUGAUCCUGCAGGCACUCUGUACCGUCUUGGUGAGGCCAAUGAAGACCUGGAAAAGAGCAAGAUGGCUUAAAGAGCUGUUUCAGUCAGAGCAUGCCUGCGACAUCGACCACAACAUCCGCAUGAUUCUCCAUCAUCCUCUGGAUCUGAAUAGACUGAUAUCUACUCAUUCACUGGACAAGCAGGUGAGCCUUGUUAAGUGCCUAGUGUGCUUAAAGAAGGGCAACCACACUGCAGAGGAGGUUGCACAGCACUUCAAAUUGCAGCAGAAGAGCACUGUGACUCCCCAUGAACCCCCCCAAAAGGAGGAGCCAGGAGGAAUGACCCCCAGUGGCAUUGAGUCAUCACACACUGACCUACAAGACAAGUGCAAGUGGGCAAAAGAGAGCACCCGGGAUGUGACUUUCAAGCUGGAGGAUGGCAGUACAGUGGCUGCCAGCCGGGAAAUUCUGGCAGAGAAGAAUGAGGUCCUGCGAAACAUGCUCAUGGGUUCCUUUGUUGAGGGGACCACCUCUUGCAUCACACUGUCUGAUAGAAGCAAAGCCUCAUAUGAGAUUCUCAUACAUUUUCUCUAUGGGUGCCGUUGUGAGGUCCUGGACAGUGGUGACAUCAAAACGUAUAUUGAGCUAGUUUUCUUGUCACAAAUGUACAUGCUGGAUAGCCUGCAGACAUUUGCAAUGGCCAAGAUGAUUUCCUCCAUCAAGGCUGGGAGGGACAUCAUUGCCAUUUACGAAAGUGGCAUAGGGGUCAUUGACGAGAAUUUGAUCCUGCAGGCACUCUGUACCGUCUUGGUGAGGCCAAUGAAGACCUGGAAAAGAGCAAGAUGGCUUAAAGAGCUGUUUCAGUCAGAGCAUGCCUGCGACAUCGACCACAACAUCCGCAUGAUUCUCCAUCAUCCUCUGGAUCUGAAUAGACUGAUAUGCAACUGUGAUCAGUCCAAGUCUUUAUAUAGGAUCAGUGAGAGUGAAUAUACCAAGCUGUGUUAA